ACACCAGCUCGCAAAAAGGCUACGCCCGUCAAACCACGACAAGUAGUAAUACCUUGUUGAAUUCAAAAAAGCAGGGUAGCAGCCACUUAAAAACAAAGACGGGGAAUAUCCAAUAGAUAGCCUUCUUCCACUCUGCUGCAGCGCCUUCUCGCCGACCGCCUUGUCCCGCGGUGCCCAUCCAUCGAACCCCGGCUUUUUUCGUCAACUGCUUUCUUUUUCUACAAAGCCACGCCGCUCAACCACUUGCUAGCAGUUGUCAACACACCCUCUCAAGUCGUCUCUUUUCUCAUUGACCAAUUCCUUGUUCUCCACGGGUUGACUAUCAAUAAGAAAAUAAAAUAAAACAGGUGUCUCUACUUACUCCUCAGCAAACGCCUCAUCCGCCACUGUCCUUAAACACGCACACUCAACCUUGCCAUCGGACCACUCGGCGGCUGAUUGUAAAUUAAGUUGAUCGUCUCAGGCCAUCAAUUCAUCUUCAGUCUCUCUCUAUACACCAUCUCAGCCACGGUCUCACUCUCACGACACCAAUCAAUUCGCCCGAAUGCUUCGCCGGUACGCUUUUGGAUUCUCGAAUGUCUCACGACAACUCUCUACAAUGAACUCGACUACGCCCAUAGAGGAUGUUAUCCGCGCCAAGAUUAUGGCAGCAUUGAACCCCCAGACGUUGGAAAUCUACAACGACUCUCACCUUCAUGCUCAUCACAAGGCCAUGGCCGGCAGCACUUCCAAGGAGACGCACUUUCGUCUCAUCAUUACCUCCGAAGUAUUCAACUCCAAGCGCCAACCAGCCAGACACAGAAUGAUUUACGCCCUGCUCUCCGAAGAGAUGGCGCGUGAGGGCGGCAUCCAUGCCCUUCAGCUACGCACAAUGACGCCUGACGAAGAGGCUAGCCAGGCCGAUAAGCAGUCAAGCGAGGAAGCCAAGGCCAAGGGAAACCAAGAUGCUGCAGAACUCGCCCGUGAAGCUUAAAGCAAGCAGCUUGACGCUGUUGUGACAAAAAAAGAGACCUGUUCUUGGCAAACGGUCAAGGCAUGCCUAAUUGUACUUGUAUAUAAAUUCCAUACCCGCUUAAAAUAGACUCAAGGUUCGCUCCAUAUAAACAUCUUCAUAUAAACGUCCUCCCAAUCAUAAUGUACAUGCCACUGCACCGGCUUUCAUUAGCCAACUAUCCUAGCUCUUCUUUGGCGCUUGCUUGCCGCUUAGCUUGCGAUUUCGGAAGUGCUCUCUCAAUCUCGCCUGCUCAGCUGCUGAUCUCUUGGGCGGCGCGGCGCUCUUCGUAGGCAUUGAGGAAGUUAUCAGUCGAUCCAUAUAGCGCGACGAUGGCGGAGACGGGUUUGCGGCGGGCGCUGGUGCUGCGCGUUUGUGACUUGCGAGGCUUCCAAGCUUGGGAGACGCAGUCGCUGUGAUUGGCGAUCUUGAACUACUGGUAUGGAUAGUCUUUGGGCGGAGCGGAGUGGACUUUUGUGGUGUGCUCUGAACAGACGAUCUCUGUUGGAUAGCCGCGCUACUGCUAAAAGUCAGUCUUUCACUUUGUUCAGCUCGUAAGCCGGAUGAAGCACGUGGAGUAGUAUCUCGUCUCGGCUCAGGUUCGACCUCUGCUACUGGUUCCGACUGUAGGACAGUUGGCUCUGGCAAGGGCGAUUUGCUAUAUAGUUGUUUUGCUGCCUUCGAUUGUUCUGGAUAAUGUUGGACGACAAGGUGCAGAUUUUCGCGGGCCAUUGCGCAAAAGUUGUAUGUAGGCCGGCCUGCAAGGUUGUUGAACCACUCCAACGCAGGUAAAGGUUCCUGACCAGCACCUGCCUGAGCAACAUAGCCUUGGUAGCCCCCAGAAAAAGCUCUGAUGAAGUCAUCAAACAGACACUCGCGAAGGAGUCGCUCUGACAUGAGAUAUUGAAGGUACACGCAUGCAUUGACAAAUGCAAUCAGACUUCCUCUGUGUGCCGUGAUGUAGUCUGGAUAUACUUGGCAGAAUGCCGUAUAAACGUCGCUGUCUUGUUCUGUAAUAGUCCUAUCGGGAAUAUAGGUAGAGGGCUCUAGACCACGAGAGCGCAGGGGUGACUCGUAAUAAUCUUCAUCUGCUUGGGAUUCAGCUUCUAUCCGUUCCAUUGUUGCGUCGAUAUCAUAGGCUGUUUUGGCUGCGCUGCUUUGAAGUUCUAGAUGAUCAUCCUUUGUGUAAUCUGUUUCGGCUGACGCAUGUUUCUCGUCAUAAGUAGCUGGUAUCAUGGAGCUCGAAACCAGAUUCGAGCUCGGGGUUUCAAUAUAUGGCUUUGUGGGUGCCAUUCUGGUUGUGAGAGAUGUAUCGGCUGCGUGCAAUAUUUCAUGAUCAAUGUCAGUAAAAGUGAUCGGUUUCAUCCGCUUCCGUCGCACAUCUCCUAUUGCCUCAGCUUUUGCUGGUGUUGUUGGUCUAGCAAGAGUGCGCGGUAUCAUGUCUUCAUCUGCCUGAGCACAGGGUGGUGUCGCUUCUCUGAAUGAUUUCAAUAUUUGUGCCGAGUCUGGUACCACCUCAGAAUCUUCAUAGCUCCGCUUCUUUGCCUGAGAAUCUGUAGGUUGGCUGAGCGUCGAUAUCUGCUGGUCCUCGUUGUCAUCAUCUUGAGUGUGCUCUACCCCUUCUUCAUUUUCUCCUUCGUCUUCCUCUGCUGCCUCCGCUUCUUGGUCUUGUGCUGCCUUUUCAUCCUCUCCGCUGUGUUCUUCCCCGCUGUGUUCUUCAUCAUCUUCGUUUUCGUCCUCCAUGUCGUGCCCAGCUACCUCAACAAGAUGUGGUUUGGAAGGACUACGUGACCUGUCUUGGGUCCCCGGUUUGCUCGACUCUGAUUCUUCGUCAUCGGACUGCUCCUCAGAGCCCCAGGAUGGUGAGUAACAAGCGGCUUUCACUGGGUUCAGCUGGCUUUGAAAGGCCGAAUUCGAAAGCUUAUCAUCUUGAAUCGUCAACUCCUUUGACCUUUUCCAAGCCUCAGCAACGCCGUCCAAUAUGGCACUGGGGACGUGAGCGACACUGUUGUUUGUCGGCCGGCUCCAAGCUUCACUUUCAUCCAGGAGAGUCCUUUGGUUUUUAGGGAUGUGCAUCAACUUCCGCCGAUGCAGAAGAAUUUCCACUUCUGGGCCGUCCAUUUUGCUUAAAGUCAGCAGAUAUUGCUGUCGAUUGAUACGAUUUUCGUUGAGAAAGGUGUCAGCCCAAUAGUGGCAACUCUGUUCAUAGUUUGAUCAUUGACCGCCAGAAAGGGGGAUGCUAGAGUACAGUGUUUUCAUUUAAUUAUAACAUCAGAAUAGUAUUGGAGAAAGUCGGUCUGCCUCUUAGCCUGAAUGGUGACCAGAGUCCAAGAUCACGGCCACCAAACGCGCUGGUCGUGUUUGGCG